AUGAGCGGUGGCGAUGCCGACCGGAGCACAGCGGCGAGGACACGCUUGGCGACGCAGCUGCUGGCGGUGCUCAUCUGCGUCCUGACAGCGAAGGCCCAGCUCACAGGAGUCCUAGAUGAUUGUUUGUGUGACAUAGAAAGCAUCGAUGACUUCAAUACUUUCAAGAUCUUCCCCAAAAUACAGAAACUGCAAGAACGUGAUUACUUCAGAUAUUACAAGGUCAACCUGAAGAGACCAUGCCCAUUUUGGGCUGAUGAUGGCCAUUGUUCUAUCAAAGAUUGUCAUGUAGAGCCUUGUCCUGAGAGCAAAAUACCUGUUGGAAUUAAGGCUGGGAGCUCUAAUAAAUAUUCAAAGGCAGCAAAUAAUUCCAAAGAACUGGAAGACUGUGAGCAAGCUAACAAACUGGGAGCAGUUAACAGUACUUUAAGUAACCAAAGUAAGGAGGCUUUCAUUGACUGGGCAAGACAUGAUGAUUCACAGGAUCAUUUUUGUGAACUUGAUGAUGAGAGAUCUCCAGAUGCACAGUAUGUGGAUUUGCUGCUGAAUCCAGAACGUUACACUGGAUACAAGGGGCCUUCUGCUUGGAGAGUGUGGAACAGCAUCUAUGAGGAAAACUGCUUCAAGCCUCGGUCUGUCUAUCGUCCCUUAAAUCCACUGGCACCUAGCAGGGGAGGCGAUGAUGGAGAAUCUUUCUACACAUGGCUAGAAGGUCUUUGCCUUGAGAAAAGAGUGUUUUAUAAACUCAUUUCUGGACUUCACGCUAGCAUCAACUUGCAUCUUUGUGCAAAUUAUCUUCUUGAAGAAACCUGGGGGAAGCCUCGCUGGGGACCGAAUGUGAAAGAGUUCACUCGCCGCUUUGAUCCUGCUGAAACAAAAGGAGAAGGACCAAGGAGGCUGAAAAAUUUGUAUUUCUUAUAUUUGAUAGAGCUGCGUGCUUUGUCAAAGGUUGCACCAUACUUUGAACGUUCAGUUGUUGACCUUUACACUGGAAAUGGCCAUGAGGAUGCUGAAUCUAAAGCCCUCUUACUAGAUAUCUUCAGGGAUACAAAGUCCUUCCAUAUGCACUUUGAUGAAAAGUCCAUGUUUGCUGGAGAUAAAAAAGGAGCCAAGUCAUUAAAGGAAGAAUUCAGACUGCAUUUCAAGAACAUAUCCCGCAUAAUGGAUUGUGUUGGAUGUGACAAAUGCAGGCUGUGGGGCAAACUGCAGACGCAGGGCUUAGGAACUGCUCUGAAGAUCUUGUUUUCUGAGAAGGAAAUACAGAGCCUUCCUGAGAAUAGCCCAUCAAAAGGUUUUCAGCUCACACGUCAAGAAAUAGUUGCUCUUGUAAAUGCCUUUGGAAGGCUUUCCACGAGUAUAAGAGAAUUGCAGAAUUUUAAAGUUUUAUUACAACAAACGAGGUAAUGAAGGCCUUUGCACAACCCAUUA